AUGGGGAAGAAGGAGAAGACCAUGCAAGAGAAGGCAGACGAAAUGAGUGAAAGCAAAAAUGAUGAAGAGCUACAUAGUGAUCCUCGCCAACAGCAUGGGGUGAUAAGGGAAACGAACCCACACAGUGCAAACACUAUAUGGAGGAAUAGUCCCCUCAGGAAGGGAAAUACUUACUAUGGCCAACAUGGAGCGCGCGCAAAUGUGGAAGACACACACAUUAGUAACGUCAACCCCAGUAGAAACGAUGGAACAUCAAAGUACAAUAUCUUCAUAGAUAAAAAAGGCGCCAUAAAUAGCAUUUUGAGCUCCACGUUCGCGGGUAUAAUGUCGAGGACAAUUACAGCCCCGCUGGACAGAGUAAAGUACAUAAUGCAGGUGACGAAUAAUUUACCCAUUUCUGAAAUUUUUAAAAUAAUAAAAAAGGACGGAAUGGUAUGCGGGUUCUUCAGAGGGAACUGUGUGAAUAUUGUGAAGAUCAUUCCGGAGCUCUCCAUUAAAAUGUACUCUUAUGAAUUUUUAAAAGUUAAUGUGUACAACUACUACAGAGGUGAUGGUGGUGACAGGGAGGGACAAGCGGGAACAACACCAGUCGACUAUGUGAAGGAUCAGGAAAACCUCGACAUUCCCUUCUUCAUUCGUUUCAUCAUAGGAAGCUCCAGCGGGGUCAUAGCAGCCCUGUUUAUUUACCCACUAGAAAUAGUAAAGACCAGAUUAAUCGUCUCCAACAAAAAUGAUCACAACGGAAUUAUAAAAUGCUUCUACAACAUUUAUAAGAACGAACAAUUCAGGAACUUCUACAACGGACUCUCCAUGCACAUCUAUGGAGUCAUCCUGUUUUCAGGGUGCAACAUGAGCAUAUACGAUUAUUCAAAGUACCUUUUUUUUACACUCUACAAGGAUUAUAUUCACUCUACGCACUGCAUGCCGAGGGGGAAUGACUCGGGUGAAGACAGCGCAGCGGAGGGACGAGACAGCAAGACAGCUCUGUCUCAGACCACACGCAGCGCUGGCAGUGAUGGCGGUAGUGGCAACAGAGAUAGUAGCGAUAGUCGUAGCAGCGGAGGAGGAGAAACCUUCAUCCAGUACCACCUACUAAAAGGAAUGUCCCAUUUUAGAAACAAAUUCACCCACUGGAAUAGCCCAUUUUAUGAGCACCAAAGGGAAAACCGCAUGAACAAGUCAGAAUGCGCUUACUGUAAUUAUCGAGUAAAAAAUGUCAACUGUUUGUCCUUCCUUUUUUUUGGUAUCACAAGCUCCUUCAUUGCACAAAUCGUAAGCUACCCCUUUCUCGUUUUGCGGACCCGCAUGCAAACCCUCAACAAUGAGAUCACUACAAAUUAUUUGAAUAACGAGAGGAAGAAUAUCAAGUCGUGCAGCUUUAUUCUGUACAACAUCAGGGUCUAUGGGUUCAGGUCCCUCUAUCGAGGCAUCUACGUGAAUCUCCUGAGGACCAUACCCGCCACGUCCAUCACGUGGUUCGCAUACGAGUACGCCAUGAGGAAGUUGCAGGGGGGAGUGAAGUUGUAG